GAUCCCCUUCUCCAACCCUCCGAUCCUUCUCAAAAGCCCGAACCGCCUCCGCCUUUCGCUCAAGCGAAGCAUCCCCUCCUCCUCCUCCACCACCCCUUCCCUUCCCCCUUUGCGGUCGGCGUCGUGGAUUGAUCGCCGCGGCGGGCGGCCAUGUGGGUCGAGAUACUGUGCGGCCUGGUGGCCUACAAGCUCAUCCGCGCCGUCUUCUUCUCCGACGACGGCCUCGACCAGCUCGCCGGCCUCGACUCCUCCCACUCCGAUCUCUGCUUCGCCGUCGCAGCCAGGCUCGAGAGGCUCUACGGCGGCCGCUGCUUCGUCGGCCUCCGCAUCCCCGACCCCGACGCCGGUGCGCGCCAGCAUGUCGACGUCGUUCUCGUCACCAAGAGGGAGGUCAUGGUGGUGGCAAUCAACAAUGUCUCUGGUUUUGUUGAGGUUGACAAGGAUGGUAACUGGUUCACUGAAAAGAAGCGCAAGCAGGAGGUUAUUCGAAACCCGGUACUAGAAGUCAGUAGGAUAGCUGCCAAUCUUCAAUCAUACUUGGAGCAGAGGGGAGCAACACUGCCUAACGGGAUUGUAAAUGGAAGAGUUGUACUGCCAAAUCCCAACUGCAGGCCUUCGUACACUAUUAAUCUUCAACCGGAGGUUAUCUCGUACGAUCAAUGGAAAGAUCUUAAGGCAGACACAAAAGGUGGACUUUCGACAUGGAUUAAAGGUGCAUUUCAUGGAAACAAAAGCGACAUCCAAGAUUCAUUACUCCAAAAUCUGUAUUCUAUUCUCAGCACGUCGCCUAUGUGGGACAGGUUGGAACUCAGAGGGGACAAAAAUGUCCUUGGUGAAUUCAUGGAAUUUAAAGGCAAGCAUGAAGACAUGCCACUCCUGAAAAAAGUGAAGAGAUCAAAAGUUAGCCGGUUUGUCAUCCAGAAAUCAACUCUUUUUGGAGGUUUUGGCAGGUCGCGAGUCCAAAUACUGUAUUCUCCUCGAGAUUACCGAGCUGAGGGCACUUCAUCUUCAGAAUGGAAAGAGAUCUCCGUGAAGCAGUACACCGAGAUUCAUUUCCAGCCGUUGCACUCCAAAAAAGUCCGGAAAUUCAAGCUGUCGAGUGUUGCUUCCGUGACACUGAGCGCCUAGUAAGUACUCCCUCUGUAAACUAAUAUAAGAGUGUUUAGAACACUAUUUUAGUGUUCUAAACGCUCUUAUAUUAGUUUACAGAGGGAGUAGAAAUUUUAUGCGCAUAAUCUGGGGUGCUACAGUUUCCAAACUUUCUGGCUCCCUCAUAGGAGAUGUGUUUCUCUUGCCUCUGUACAUCCAUCCCUAUUUUCAAGUCAAGAUGUAACUGAACAUGAAUUACAUGAAUGAAUAAUGGAAUAGGUUUCUUGUUGAGAUUCA